AUGAAGCUCUCGGACGACGAGGAGAGCGAGCCACUGCAGCGGCAGCAGAAUGGUCUGCGAAAGGUCGGCCGGCGCGGCCGGCCAAACCUGCUGCCGUGGCUGAUCGCGGCGGCCGGGUCUGCCAUAAUCAUCGGCGCCGUGAUCCUGCCGCUCUCGUCGCGCUACUCGCUCUGGAUGAUGCUGCUGCCGCCCUCGGCCAAGACGCUCCGGCUGAGCGCCGCCGAGGCCGAGGCGAUGGCGCGGCGCCACCGCUUCCUCUUCAUCGCCGGCCCGCACCGCGGCGGCACGACGCUGCUGUGGCGGCUGCUGCGGCUGCACCCUCAGGUGGGCGCCUUUGCCGAGCGGACGGACGGCGACUUCUCCGAGGGCGCCUUCUUGCAGUCUGUGAUGCCCACCUUUGGCGUCGGGCGCGAGCGCGAGGACUGCCUCCGCGCCGGCGUCCGGCGGGUCGGCUCUCCGCCGGCGCGCGGGGUGGGGCGGUACGGCUUCGACCCGGGCGCCCACCUGACGGAGGCGUCGCCGCUCGCCUCCCUGGCGAGCCGCGACGCGCUGCUCUCCCAGUGGGGCUACUACUGGGGCGAGGCUGGCCUCGAGCGGCCGCUGCUGCUCGAAAAGACGCCCACCAACAUGCUGACGGCGCGGCUGCUGCAGUCGCUCUUCGCGCCGCGCACCUCCUUCCUCGUGGUGACGCGGCACCCGCUCGCCGUCGCGCUCGCGCAGCACCGGAUCACCUCGUGCGGCGGCGGCGGCGGCGGCGGCGGGCCGCCCGAGGCGGUGGGCGAGGCGGUGCUGCACUGGGCGCUGACCCACACGGUGCUGCAGCGCGACUUGCCCGCCCUCUCCUCCGCGCGGGUGGUGCGGUACGAGGACCUCGCCCACGCGCCAGGCCGCUGCCUCGCCGCCGUGGGCCUGCGGGCCUCCCGGACUCCCGGACCUUUCCUGGAAGCUUCCUCCUCGGCGGGCGAGGCGGUCGACGGCGGCACGAACGCAAAGUACGAGCGGCAGUAUUGCGACGGCCAACUCGCCACCGAGCAGGGCCGGCAGUCGCACUGCCGCGUCGCCGGGGCGCUCCAGCCCGCCGUCGCCGCGCUCGGCUUGCAGUACGACGUGGAGCGCGGCGGGCCGCUCGGGUUCGCGUGCUCGGCGGAGCGAGUCGAUUGCGGCGCGGCGGGCCGAGGAGGUGGCGUGGCGGCCGAGGCGCGGCUGCUGCGGGAGAGGCUGCUCGGCAGCCUCUCCUCCUACCGCGAGCCGGCCGACGAGCCGGCGGGCGGCGGGGUGCCGCUCGGAGGGCCGCUGCUCCUGUGCGCUGGCGCUGGGGACACCAUUAUGCGCGAGCGACAUACAGCAGUGAGAUCGGCUUAG